UCUUCUCUCUUCUUCAAGUAUUUUUCUUCUCAAAGAGUUUUUCUCUAUGCAAAUCACUUGAUUACAAAUCGAGUCCUCUGUUCGAAGACUCAUUAUCGUACUUUACCCCUACGUGAGGAUUCUCGCACGACUAGUGGAUUGGCGUUUCACUCUUGAUUACUCACAUCCUCGUUCCCCGGGUAUAUCUCUCGCUCUCGAUUUAGAUUGAAAUUGAUAAUUUGAUCGGAAUCUUUUAGAACUACUCCCUCGGCCAUCUUCUCUGCCUUAUCCCUGCGCCGUAAUCAACGCGUUGCGACAACGUUUGCGACGAGAGCAAUGGCUCCCGCCCAUUCGAUCUUCGUUUGUAAUGUAGCUAAUGCGGGAUAAGGGGAGGGGGGGGCUACGACUCGGAUAAAUUCUCUUGUACAGAAAGCAGGUUAUAAAUAACUUGGGGGGGGGGAGUAUGCCCCCUGCUUCGGUCCUCGGUCGUCAACCCCUCGCUCGUUUCUCUUCGGCUCGUCUGAAGCUCAUUCAUCAGGAAUCGCUUUUUCUCGAAAGCAUCGACAAUCCGUGGCGUCAUUUGCUUAUCGAUUUUCAUGUUCAACAUCGAGAGCGUGUCACGAUUGAUUUUGUUAAUCGUAUUAGAAAGACUAUAGAGAUUACAUAGAGCGUCGAAUAAAACUUGGUGCAUUUGACCAAGGUUUGAUUCUUCAGAAAAAAAGUUAGGUGCAAAUAUGAAGUGAAAUUGACCUUUUUUUUUCUUCUUCCUAUAAAGUCUCUAGCCGGGCGAGACUUGGAGUCUUUGCUUGGAGACAAGCUGUCGUCGCGCGCAAGUGCGCGCGACGAGAAUAAAAAGGACGUCGUUGCAUCUACAAUAAGUAGCAAUGACCUUGACUAGUGUAUUGACUCGAAAGUCCCGUCUUCCUUUGUUCUCUGGCGGCUGUCCGUUACGGAACCCGCGCGUUCCCGCAAGUUCUCGCUCUGUUCCUCGCUAGUUAAGGUCAGGAUCGAAUUCAAUAUGUACUCGCGAGCGAAUCCGAGCGAAUUCCGAUACUUGACUCCGAUACUUCCGCUCGAUGGGAUUGGAUUACCGUCUGCGAUUCCGCUAUCUCGUUCGCUUCUAAUUUAAACGAGUCCGCUCCUUCAAACGCGAGAAGCGCGAAAUUUGCGAAGCGCGAAAUCUCCAGCGGGGCUAUUCGCGCCAGGAAGAAUCGAAUCUCUCCGCGAGGUCAGGGGGAAAUCGCGGUUCCGAUUAGCGAGCAUCUCGUGAGAACGCGUGAUUAGCAUUUUUCAAAGUGUCCCCGAACCGGCGCUGUCUGAACCAGCUCAACAGCUGAUCGGAGCACGAAGCGGCGGUGAACGGGGCUACUAUCGCACCACCACCCCGCGUUUCGGAGAAAUUCAGUCUCGAGUCAUCUAGGUAAACAAAUAAAAUAAAAAAAAAAAAAAAAAAAAAAACAAGAAGUAAGAAAUAGAAAAUAUAAAAGAAAUCAUAAGAAAUCUCUUGGCGGAAAAAGAGAUCUGUAUCCUUACACCUGGCAAAAGGAGGAUAGGAGGAUAGCGCAAGCAAGAGCGAAGUGCGUUCUCGCUCGCUUGGAGACACGCCAUCAUGGUGAAAACUUUUCAAGCGUACCUACCUUCCUGUCACCGCACUUACUCGUGCAUUCACUGCCGUGCUCAUCUCGCCAAUCACGACGAACUCAUCUCGAAGUCCUUCCAGGGCAGUCAAGGUCGUGCCUAUCUCUUUAAUUCUGUGGUAAACGUAGGUUGCGGUCCCGCGGAGGAGCGAGUUCUGUUAACUGGGCUACACGCUGUCGCUGAUAUCUAUUGCGAGUGCUGCAAAACCACCCUAGGGUGGAAAUAUGAGCAUGCGUUCGAGUCAAGUCAGAAAUAUAAGGAAGGAAAAUUUAUAAUCGAACUUGCCCAUAUGAUCAAGGAGAAUGGAUGGGAAUGAAGAGCAGAGGGAAAUAGAAGAAUUCCUCGUGCCUCUCAUCAAACUUUUCCUGAUGAUGCCUACAACGUUGUUCUAAUUGCAAUGUACGGCCCCUCUCUAUUCGAACCACCAACGAAAGUCUGUGAUUUCAUUUGUGAUUUAUAAUCUUAGUAAUCUUCGUUUCGGACAAUUCAUACAACAUCGGUUUGCUUCUGAUCAAAUCGAGCAAGCGAAGGUAUCGCGCGGCGAUCCGUAUUCGUCGAUGGACGACGCAUCACCAAGUAUCGUAAAGAAAUUAUUUUUCAAUGGAAGAAAAAAGUAGAGUAAGAUGACGAUGUCAAGUAACGGUGGGACAUGACGAUGAAGGUGCCAUGGUGGAAAUAAAAAGGCGAGAUUGCUCGGUACGAGCAAUGGGGUGCCCCCCCUCCCUAAUUUUGAUUCAUUAUCUUUGUAGACAUUGCGUGCAGUCGUGUGUCAACACUGAAUGUUAAAAAUUAAACGUGCGGGGCACCCCGACAAUCAGUUUUAUCUGUUUUACGCACCGAAACAGCGCAAGUGCCACAGACUUUGCCGGACUGAUUGCCUGCCUGCCGCGUCUGUCAUUGUAAUUUCACUGCCGAUAUUCCUAAUAUUAAUUAAGAAUGCUACGUCGUAUUUAGACGCGGCGUAGUAGUAGUCCUAGUUUAGUAUACAUUAUAGAGUACUAAAGCCUAUAUUACAUCAUUAUAGGACCUCGUCGGUAUAUAGAAAAUAGAAAUAAAUAAGAAUAAUGGAGGCAAGAAGAGCAGAAGAAAAACAGAGUGUGCGUGCGUGUGUGUGCGCAUGUGUAUGUAUGUGUGUGCACAUAUGUAUAUGAGAGAGAGUAAGAGAAAGAGAUGAGGGGAAAUAUAAGAAAAGGUCUGAUUAUGUGUCACAUGUACAUGUUUGGUUUUAUGUUCAUUAUGUCUGCCAAACUAUCUGUUUAUCUGCCAGUUGCCACUGUUAUUAUGGUAGUAUCAUAAUGUAAUAUGUUUACAUUUUCAUCGGCUGAGUAGGGUAUGGUGUGAUUGAAGUUUUCGUUGAGAAAUCUUGAAACUGCGCCUUCCUAUGCACGCAAUAUAAUAUUUAAAAGAUAAGGAUGAUUGUGCUUGUUUUCUAGAAUAUUUCGAUCUCGUUCAUAAAAAUAUUUUGUAAGAUUUAAUUGUAUUUAACUUGUUAAUGGAUUGCUAGUAAUGACGGUUGCGCGAGCAUAUAAAAAAUAAUUUCACUGAGGAUUGAUCUUUAUUAGUCACUAAACUUUUGAUUGCACAAGUUUGCAAUCAAAUAUCCAUAAUAGAAUUACCGCUUCUUAUACUACGUUGAUGCAUUUUCAUGCAAUUUAGCCUUCGCGUAAGAAGUUUUUCCUUGGCAUAUUAUUAUUAUAGAGGCUGGUUACAUACCAUACAUGGAACCUAUAUCAUUUGUGCUAUAUAUAUUCCUUCAACAAGUUCUUCCAUCGCUAUCUUCUUGUUAUAAUUAAUUAUCGAAACAAUAGUCAAUGUCCAACAAAAUUCGGAAUUGAUAAUGAGUGCACUUAUUAGAAAAAUAUUAAUUGCGUCUAUACAUGAUACUUAAUGAUUGAACCGAUGACUCUACGGAUAUGACUCGUAUAAGCUGUUGUUUAAUAACAUUAAUCAUUAUUAAAUCGAUUAAACUCGUGAUCAAUUAACUCGAAAUCGAUUAACUCGUGAUCAAUUGAUCUUUAAAAAAAAAUACUUCUUUUAUAAGCAUAUUAUUAUAUUAACAGGAAGAUAGCUCAAUUGUGUUUUAUUGUAUUAAGCGAUAAAUCUGUUUAUAUUGUAUAAAGUAUUUUGUACAAUGUCAGAUUUUUGUUUGCACUGUUUCCCAUUAAGAAAUUAUAUGUAGGCAAAUCAUGCGUUCAGCUUUCAAAAUGCAUACAUAUGAAAGUGCAGUGUAUUCAUGCAGUGUAUGUAGAAAAAUGUUUGCCUACCUAAUUAUUUGACUGAUUAACUGACUGAUUGGCUGACUGACUAACUGACUAACUGACUGACCGACCGACCGACCGACUGGUCGAAAGAUUAAACGAAUGAAUGAAUGAAUGAAUGAUUGUGCCGGCCUAAUAUUCACGCUGUCACUCAAAGAGUACUUUUUAUAUUAAUGUGCCGAUAUCCUUAUCCGCACUCACCUUUUCGGAACCUUGUUAAAAUGUACCUAUCGACACUAACUCUGUAGUCUUCAGCCUCCACAACUUCCACCAUCACAAAAUUUUGCUUUGUAAAACGUGUUCUUAAUAAAAAGAAGAAAAGAAUAC